AUGUGUCUCAAAGAUGAUGGUCUAGUUUCAUCUUACUAUGUUUCUGCACCUGAAAUGCUUAACGAUUAUUUAUACAAAAGUAGCAGAGUAGAACUUAAGCUCAUGACAAAUAUGGAUAAGUAUCUGAUAGUUGAAAAUGGAAUCUGUGAAGGAAUGACAAUAGCAUGUCAUAGAUAUAUCAAAGCAAAUAAUCUGCAAUAUCCAAACUAUGAGUUUAGCAAGCUGAAUAAAGUAAGUCCAGAAGAAGUACCUGAUAUCCAAAGUAUUGCACCAGAUACAGAAAUAGGCUAUAUAUUUGAAGUUAAUUUAGAAGCCUUAGUGUACUUGCAUGAUUACUUUGCAGAUUAUCCUUUAGUGCCAGAAAAGCAGAUAAUACCAGAAAACUAG